UACAGAACAUAUAGUCGAACGAGCAGAUUAACUCGCUGAUUGUAAAGCUCUCCUUUUGGUCUCUUCGAAAUCAACAGGUAGGGGGAUCUAGUUAAUGAUGCUUCUUGUUGGGCAUUUCGAAGCAGCUGCUUUCAAUCAUGUUCAUUGCAGGCAUCUGCCACGCCGUUUUCAUUGUUUUCUCCGAUUCUAUGCUAGUAGGAUAGCACUGGAAUGCUGUACAGCUCAAUGCAUUGUCUUAUCAUUCUGGUAUCGAGAUCUAUUUCUUUCACUCUUUUCAUGAUUCAUCGAGAAUGAUUCCUAUGCUCAUUAGUUCUUUCUUCCCGCCCACUGUCGUUUCCCUCCCUAAGAGAUAUCUAUACUGCUAGAAGGAGUGUUGUCACUUUACUUACACUAGCCAAAACGUGCGCCGAGUAAGAUUACUUUUCAAGAUGGCCGACGGGAAAGUGCAAGAUUCGUACAUUGGCAUAGAGGGCUACGUUGGGGCCACUCACUGGUCAAAGCCAUACUAUUCUAACCACUACCAUGAGAACCCUCCGUCGAAUUCUGGAAUGCUUGGUCAUGUUAAUUGCAGUUACUUAUCUACUCCCGGCCGGCCACCAACUCUAGAGGCCCUGAAGCAGCACGCCCAGUCUCUAACUUAUUUAAUAUCGACUCUUGCACCGAGCACAAUAGGGGCCGAGGCUGACAACGAAAACCUCCCUGCGCAAGAUGAACAAGGACAGCCGAUACCCAGGGACACGUUCCCAAGGCACCAAGCUUACGACUGGCUAAACAACUUACAGGUCCCUUACGACAAUAUCGACAAGGCACACAGGAUGCCAUUGAAUAGUUUAGUUAAUCUAGUGAAGGAGAACAGUGAUAAAGCAGGCGUGAUAUUCCAUUGCCCGCUGACGGAGCUUACACCUGACCUGAUCGAGAACGACUAUUAUCAAUUAGUCCGUCCGUUUCAGACCCAUAUGACGCUGCUUAUGCACGCCAACGAGUGCCUGGAGAGACUCGACCAUGAGUACUCAGCCAUGGGUGGGAUACUUGGAAUUAUCCCCACUGAUGCGGAGGAAGUGGUCGAGCACCCAGAGCUCAAUAACGUAAAAUCAACGUUGAUCGGACAGUGGCUCUUGCACACACAACACCUCGUGAGCCGCAUGCACGAACUUGAGAUUUCUUAUGCCAAUGCAUUAGAUCUUCUCGCGAGCGAGGCCAUCGUUCCGGCGCAACAGUUGAGCGUACAAGGUCCAGAUGGGCGGUCCGGCAGAGAAGUUGUAUUCCCGCAGGAUCGCUGGAUACUUUCCAACUCCGGAGAGGACGUUUUCAAUUUUAUCCAUCAAAUGCUUGACAAGAGCGAAGCAAAGGGCGUUUCACGAGAUCGCCAGUGGUUCCAGAAGAAUGUCGUUGGAGAAACGCUACGGGAUGCAGACGAGGAACAAGACCGCCUCCGGGGUAUCGCCCACGUUGACCUCCAGACACGGUUUUACCGAUUAAGAGGCAGUGGCCACGGUCCCAUAUUCGUCCUCCCGGCUUUCUCAGACCGCCCGAACACGUCCUACACCAAGGAGAUAGAAAGCCGGCCGACGGUGGUUACAAUACCAGCACCGUCGAACCCAGACCGGACUUCAGCCUGGGAUAGGAGGCAUAAGGACAUGGACCACAAGAACAAGAAGCUGGAAAUUGAGAUCUCCCGUCUACGGCUCGACAAGUCUGAUCUCGAAACCGCGAGCAAGAGGCAAGAGGAUGAGCUGGAGAGAUUACAGCAUCUCAACAGAAUCUACGAAGAAGGCCAAGGCGAGGACUCGGCAAAGACGGUGGCAAGAAUAUUAGCAAUCGAGACGGAAAGAGACGGCCUCCGCGCCAAGUUCGAAGAGGGCGCCGCAGAACGGAACCAGCUGAAGGCAGAGCUGGCCGCGUACAAGCGAGCACGGCAACCCAUACAGGUGAAGGCUCCCGCGGGAGUCACCUUGACCGACGACGGCUACCUGGUGCCCGAGACUCUACUUGGGCAGUACGAGGAACGCACGUCGGUAAUGGCGUCUGCCAAGCAAGGAGUCCAGCGGGUUAGAAACGUACUCGAAAGCCUUGCUCAGAGGGGACAGAUAAGUCGGGAGGACUUUGGCUGGAUGGAGCAGAUUGCCGACUGUAAUUAAUCCGAACCCAGCUCUACGGAGAAAAGGGGGGAGGCUUGCAUUGCGAGCAUUUUGGCCACGAUAUUGUUUCCGGUUGUUAGUUCACCAGAUGGAUUUGGCAUUGGAGGGU